AUGAUAGGCUCUAAGAGUGGACCAAUCGGAAAAAUAAACUCAAAAACGUCUGAACUAAAUCUAUCUCCACCAAUUGGAAUUCACUGCAUUGUUCACCAACAAGCACUAUGUGGGAAGGUUUUAGAUUUAGAAAAUGUUAUGUCUAUUGUAGUACAAAUUAUUAAUUUUAUAAGAUCACAUAGAUUGAAUCAUCGCCAAUUUCAAAAUUUUCUUUCAGAAAUAGAGUCUGAGUAUAAAGAUGUUUUAUAUCAAACUUCUUUACAAUUAGAAAUUAUAGAACUCCAGUCUAAUAAUUCUUUAAGAACAACAUUUAAUAAUUUGACAAGGUCUCAAAAUCUUUUUCAGUUUUAUUCAAAUUUGUCUGAAGAAGAUUUUCCAAAUGUUCGGAAGUUUGCUGCUAAGAUGUCUUGUAUAUUUGGUUCAACACAUAUUUGUGAGCAAGUAUUUUCAACUAUGAAAAUUAACAAAAAACCUAAUAUUAAUGUCCUCUGUCAACAGAAACAAGCUCAUAGUUCUCAUUAA